UAGUUAGUCAGUCUAAGAGAUAAAACGGGUUAAAAAGAAAAAAAUCUUCCCACAUUUUCAGCACUUGCGUCAGAGCCUAUAAUGCUUAUUUUAAAGCAUAUUGGGUCAUAAUUUACUGGAGUCCAAAGGGUAAAUAAAUAUGUUUAUCUAAUCCUGUGUGAAAAUUUGUCCUUCAGGGAAUACAGAGCAUUAUUGUUCCGCUAAUCCACGUCAGGAUUAGGUUAAAGCCUCCGUCGCACUGGAAUACCACAUUCAGAGUACCAUGGCAACGGGAAGACUUGGUGGGGUAAAUCAUGAAUGGGGCACGCAGAUCACUCGGCUCCUCUGGUGUCGUUUUAAAAUGCGUUGCUCAUUUGUGUCUGAUUUGUAUUCUGUACGUGGAUCUCAGUCUGCGUGGUUGCUGCUAAUGCGCGGUCCGUGAGCGCGUCACGAGACCGUGGGCCGGGGUUAUAUUUAGGCUCUGGGAGGAAAAUAACGGCUCAGGGUGAUUCCUCUGAGUGGCGGACUGGCUUUGUCAAGGAUCUGGACACUAGAGCGCAGAAAGGAGGAGGAGGGGGUGGCUCUCGCUACUGCUGCUGCACACAAAUACCAAAAUAGGAUCGAGCUGCCUGCGACAGUCCUGAGCUAAAUUGAGGUUCAUGGAGUUUUGGAGAGGAGCGCUAAGAGGAGCGUCGGUGAGGAACAAACAUCCAUGGAAAUAUAUAAGAUAUAAUGUCUAAUAAAAACGAGAUCUACACAUAUGACUUCUGUGACGGGAAGCAUGCUGCGGAGCUCCUGGAGGCUCUCAGGCAUUUCUACAUACGCGGCCUGUUCACCGACGUGACCCUGCAGUGUGGCGAGUCCGGUCAGGUGUUCCACUGCCACAGAGCGCUGCUGGCUGCCCGCAGCUCCUAUUUCAAAGUCAUGUUCACGGCCGACAUGAGGGAGAGGUCCGACAGCGUCAUCAAGCUGAGCGGCGUGGACUGCGCUGUGCUGGGCUCCCUGCUAGACUACGUCUACACAGCCCGGGUGCGCGUCACCGAGAGCAACGUGCAGAGCCUGCUGGAGGCUGCGGACCUCCUGCAGUUCAGCAGGGUCAAGCAGGCCUGCGAGGAGUUCCUCAUCCGCCUCCUGGAGGUGGACAACUGCCUGGGCAUGCACACCUUUGCUGAGCUCCAUCAGUGCCCCAGGCUGCAGAGGGAGGCCCACAGAGUGAUGCUGAGCAGGUUCCCGGAGCUCGUGGAGCAGGAGGAGUUCUUGGAGUUGGACCAUGAGAAGAUCAGGUCUGUUCUGGCGGAUCAGAGCCUCACUGUGCAGGGAGAUGAGACGCUGAUAGAUGGUGUGGUCAGUUGGGUGUCCCAUGACUUGGAUAGUCGGGUUCACUGCGUGUCAGACCUGCUCCACUCUAUCCACCUGAGUAUGGAUCACAUUUACUUCAACACUUCCUUGGAGGUGCACAGGCAAUAUCUAACAAAAAACGAUGGAAAGUUAAAAUCCACGAUUGUUCAGGCGAUGAGGUCAAAUGGCAAGGAGAUCCCUCCAAGCAGAAAAUUUUCCCCCAGUAUGUACAUCAUUGGAGGAUACUACUGGCACCCUCUGUGUGAAGUGCACAUCUGGGAUCCUGUCAGCAAUACGUGGGUGCAGGGGAAAGACAUGCCUGACCCUGGAAGAGAGAGCUACAGCGUCAGCCUGCUUGGUGCAAACAUCUACGUGACUGGUGGAUACAGGACUAACACUGUUGAAGCACUGGACACUGUUUCAGUUUAUAACUGUGACUAUGAUGAAUGGACAGAGAGUUGUCCCAUGAUUACUGCCAGGUACUACCACUGCUCAGUGGCUCUACAUGGCUGUGUUUACACCAUCGGAGGCUACAGAGGAGGAGCUCCAGAGCAAGAGACUGAAUUUUAUGAUCCUUUGAAAAAGAGAUGGUUUCCAGUGGCCAAAAUGAUCCAAGGUGUAGGAAAUGCCACUGCAUGCGUAAUGGGAGAAAAAAUCUACGUGACUGGAGGCCAUUAUGGAUACAGAGGAAGCUGCACCUAUGAGAAAGUGCAAGUCUACAGACCAGACGUCAAUGAAUGGAGCAUCGUAACACUAAGUCCACAUCCAGGUAAGGGUAAUCGAAGGGGACAGAAAAGGAGCAUUGAUUUGUUCAGAGCUGAUUACUUGUGUUUGAAUCUUCUGUUUUCAGAGUAUGGCCUUUGUUCUGUGUCUCUCCACAACAAGCUGUAUUUGGUCGGCGGACAGACGACCGUUGCGGAUUGCUACGACACAGAGAGCGACGAAUGGCGGCCCAUAUCAGUGAUGAAGGAGAGGAGGAUGGAGUGUGGGGCUGUGGUGAUAAGUGGGUGUAUUUAUGUAACAGGGGGUUACUCCUACUCAAAGGGAACGUACUUACAGAGCAUUGAGAAAUAUGACCCUGAGCUGGACUCGUGGGAGAUGGUAGGGACCCUGCCCAGCCCCGCCAGGUCACAUGGUUGUGUAUGUGUUCAUAGCGUCCAUUGACGUUUUUCACAUUUUUAUGUAAUUUAUUUUACAAAAUAGAUGGAAUUGUCUAUUCACAGCAUUCACUAGAGUUUGAAAAAUGAUCUGUUAAGCUGUUCAGGUUACAUUUGCCAAAGUGAUAUAUGAAAAUCUCAGGGGUCUCUCAAUGAGUAUUGUAGUUGUCUUUUAACAAUUGUUGAAAGGUUUUAAUUAAUUUUUAAGUGUUUUAAAAGUUUAGACAGAAAUCAAUUUUUAAUAGCAGGACUGCACUUUCACUGCAAUUUAACUAAAUAAAUUACUUCACUCUUUUGAACUGCUAAACUCUGUUUGAAUGGGUGAUUUCCAUAAACAUUCAGCGCAUUUCUCCUUAACACAACACCCUCCAUGCACAAGAGGACACCUUGGUUUGUUUAUUUUUUUGUUUUUCAUUUCCAGUUGUUUCAAUAUAGGUUUACUGAUUUUUUGGGAUGUUUUUAAUCAGGCUUAAGGUAUUUAAAAAUAACCAUCAACAGAUGGAAAAGGAAGAAUCUUGGUGACAGAAAAUAAAAAAAAUUCACACCCACUUCCUCGUGCAUACACAACUGAGAACAUAACAAUAAGCGUACCACUAUUUGCUGGAAACGGAUUAGGAAAAAGUGAACAUUUUUUUAAUCCUAUCAUUUGUUUCAAUUUAAAUACAUAUUAUUUACUAACUCGGUAAAUAUCAGAAAUGCGUAAUUGAAAGAAUAUUAAGUAGAACUGAUUUGUUUUUCAAGUCAUCACUUUCAUGCUUGAAACAGGGAAAAUGCUGCAAUGUCGGACUUCCGAAUACAUUUCUACCACUGGUCUUAAAAAACAACUUACUUUGACUGUUCGGUGUUAUAAAUGUAUGGAAUUAGUGUGCUAUUAGAUUUGAAUCUGACUACAUGAAUAUAUUGUUCUGGACUAGACUGGAUUGCUUUUAAAUAUAUUUAGAUUAAAUUGGAUUCAAUAUAAAUAGAUAUGAAUUAUGCCUGUUUGCCUUGUGAAUUAUCUUGACACAACAUUUGUUGUGACUGUGAGUUGAUAAAUUUAAUUGAACUGAA